AUGCAUUCCAUCACUUCUCGGAACAAUAAUGCUGACACUCUUCCUCCACCACCUUCGCCACCUCCGCCACCCUCACUGAGUGCUGGCGUGGUUCCUGCUCCCGCUCCAGUGCCCCAAUUUGAACCGCCGGCGGUGGCGGAACAAGGCCCUCCUGGGGCCUUCCUCGUCGAACUGUUGGUCUACAAUGGCCAUCCCUUCAAAGACCACUGGGCGUACUGGGUGCGUUCGCACACUGAUAAGGAUCUUGGAGUCAAGAUCCACGCUACUGGCGAUGUAAGAAAUGGCUUCGAGUUCGAGAUUAAGCGCAGCAGCAACUUCCGCACAAACGAAAUUCCCCCCACGAAGAGAAUCCCGUUGCAAUGGGUCGAUGGCCAUUGCUUUGAUGAAAAAGUGAUGUUUAACAACGGAGAACACAAAAUUGACAAUGUGCCUGUAUGUCAGUUCGAGGCCAGUGCGCACAAGAUUAAGGCCCCUGGGAAGAGCCUGAAUACAACUAGUGAUGCUAAUACAGCAGCUAACCUGGAGACCCAGAGCUCAUCGGCCGGAAAUGUUAGCAAGAAAGUCACACAAAGGAACUGCCAGACAUGGAUCGUCGAGUCCGCUGAGCAACUCGUGAAGGACAAUAUUUUCAGGAGAGAAAUUGCUGAUUACCUUUGCGCAAUUGAGCAGUGA